AUGACGAUCUAUAGCUUAUACAUCUACGAUAGACAUUGUGCAUGUGUUUACUAUCAGGACUGGCACCGAACCAAGCAGCCAAAGCGAGCUGGAGAAGGAGGAGGCAUCUUGAAUGCUGUCUCCCAAGCUGUCUCUCCGCUUGCAACAGACAAUGCCGCUCCUACCCCGUCAGGAUUUAGCAGUCCCCGAAAUACAUUAUCUUCGACAUCAGGAUUGGUUGUCGCUGUGGGCGAGGAUCCUGUAACACCUCUACCAAAUCCAACUGAGCAUGCAAGGUCGAAUACCCUUCCCUUUGAUGAAGAGGCAAAGCUAGUAUAUGGUGUCGUCCUGUCGCUCAGGAACAUGGUCAAAAAGAUUUCGGGAAGAGAUGAACAGUUUACCAGCUACCGCACAUCGUCAUACAGGCUUCACUUGUACGAAACCGUAUCUGGCUACAAGUUCAUCAUGUUGAGCGAUGCGGCUACUGACGGUCUUCGCUUCAUACUCCGUCAAAUCUAUAAUGGCCCUUUUCUCGAAUACGUUGUCCGCAACCCUCUCGUCCCCAUGGACUCUCGUUCUCAGGGCGUCGACAACGAUUAUUUCCGUGCUAGUGUCGACCGUCUCGUUCGUGGAUUAUCAGUUUUCAAUUGA